AUGGCAAUUGGAGUACUUGCUAUUGGCAUCUUAGUUCCCUAUAGCCUUGGCCUCUUCGGUGAGGCUCAGGCAAAGCCCACUGUCAUCGACCCUGCCAAGCUACCAGCUACGGCCCAGAUAAUCGACCAGAAGAGCUUCAAUGUUUUGGAGCAUGUCCCUCCACCGAAAGAAGCUAAUGCUACAACUAGGUUCCUCUGGCCAGGAGUUACCUAUGAAUCCCUGACUGAACGACCAUUUCAUGUUUACGAUGCGGAGUUCCUUGAUAUAAUCGGAAGCAAUCCAACCUUGACAUUGCUUGCUACUUCAGAAAAAGAUCCCAUUUUCCACGAAGCUGUUGUAUGGAACCCUCCAACUGCAGAAGUUUUCUUCGUGCAGAAUGCAGGCGAUCCGGAUGCUGGGACAGGACUUGCAAAGUCAUCUGUAAUCCAAAAGAUUUCUUUGGCAGAAGCUGAAGCUCUGAAGAAUGGAUCGCACACUGAGAGCCAAGUCAAGAUCACGGUGGUAGAUUCUGAUCCGCAAGUCAUCAACCCCAAUGGCGGAACGAAUUACAAGGGACAGAUCAUCUUCGCAGGCGAAGGGCAAGGCGAGAAGAUACCCUCGGCUUUGUAUCUGAUGAACCCCGAAGCGCCAUACAAUACAACAACCCUUGUGAACAACUUCUUUGGCAGGCAAUUCAACUCCCUCAAUGAUGUCUCCGUCAACCCGCGCAACGGCGAUAUCUACUUCACAGAUACCAUGUAUGGCUACUGGCAGUACUUCCGCCCCGAACCCGGACUGCAAAACCAAGUCUAUCGCCUCGACCCAGACACUGGAGCGUUGACUGUUGUUGCAGAUGGUUUCGUCGCUCCAAAUGGACUCACUUUCUCGCCUGAUGGACUCCACGCUUAUGUUACAGACACUGGCAUAAGCAAUGCACUAUUCGGGCAUAACUACACUCGUCCCUCCUCUAUCUACCGAUUCGAUGUACAGGAAGAUGGUACAUGGGACAGCCGUAAGACGUUUGCUUUCACAGCAGCUCGUCUACCGGAUGGAAUUCAUUGUGAUUCCAAAGGCAACGUGUACGCGGGCUGCGGUGAUGGCGUGCAUGUCUGGAAUCGCUCCGGAAAGCUCAUUGGAAAGAUUUACACAGGAGUCAAUGCAGCCAACUUUCAAUUCGCUGGCAAAGGACGCAUGGUUAUUAUGGGGAGGAAAAAACUGUUCUAUGCGACUCUGGCUGCUUCUGGAGCACCAUUGAGUUGA